UUAUAAUUGUUCUUUUUUUUUGCUAGCCGUCCUCUUGGUAUAAAAUCGAGUGUAAAAGCCCAAAUUUCUCUUCUCUUAUAUUAUCUUCCUUCUAGUAUCAUAAACAACAUCGAUUCAUCCCUCAUCAGCAGUACAAUUUUAUCAUUACCACUUAUUAAUUCAAGAACCAUGGGCCACACCAACAACCCCGUAUGCAUCAAGGACCUGGAACCUAUUGCCAAGAGCGCCAUGCCCAGCGGUGCCUGGGGCUAUUACGACUCUGGCGCCCACGACGAGCAGACCAAAUUCGACAACAUGAACGCAUUCGACAACUAUCGUCUGCACCCGCGCAUGCUCCGCGACGUCUCCCAGAUCAACACCGCGACAACAGUACUGGGCAGGACUGUGCGCACACCCCUGGGCAUCGCCCCCUGCGCCAUGCACAAGCUUGCGCACCCCGAAGGCGAGGCAGCGACAUCUCGCGCAGCCUCGCGGCAUGGUAGCAUAAUGAUCCUAUCGACGUACUCGACGACCUCUCUGGAAAAGGUCAUUGCAGAGGGUAGUGGGGACACGCAGUACUGGAUGCAGCUGUAUGUUUACCAGGACCGCUCGGUUUCUGAGAAGAUCGUUAAAAGGGCGGAAAAGGCUGGAUUCUCCGCCAUUGUUCUCACUGUCGACGCGCCCGUGUUGGGCCUGCGGCUGGUCGAUGCGCGAAAUAAGUUCAAGCCGCCGCCACACCUCCAUCUGGAAAACUUUAUGGAUCCCGAAGUGGUCAACGGCGCCAACGGGUAUGUGGCCGAUCAUGCCAAAAGCGCGUCCGAAACGUUUGGCGCCACGUUUGGCGCCAACGGCGACCAGUCGCUGUCGUGGGAGAACGGUAUUUCCUGGCUCAAGUCCAUCACCAAGCUGCCCAUCAUUGUCAAGGGAAUCUUGACCGCCGAGGACACCAAGCUGGCCAUCGCGCACGGCUGCGCAGCCGUCAUUGUCUCUAACCACGGCGGACGCCAGCUCGACGGCGCACUAUCCACAAUUGAUGCUCUGCCACAGGUCGUCGAUGCAGCAGGAGACGCCAUCGAGGUGUAUAUGGAUGGCGGAAUCCGCCGUGGAUCGGACAUUUUCAAGGCCCUGGCGCUGGGCGCCCGCGCAGUAUUUGUUGCUAGACCGGUCCUGUGGGGGCUGGCAUACCAGGGAGAAAAGGGCGUGCACUACGCGCUGGAGCUUUUGCAGAAGGAGCUUGAGCUCACAAUGACGUUGGCCGGCACCACGUGUAUUGAGGAGAUCGACGAGUCGUAUGUGUACCAGCCGGCUAGCCGUUGGGUCAGAUAUGCACCGCGCGGCAAAUCUGCUGCCGGCGCAGACCAGAAACUGCGACUGGUUGCCAAGCUUUAACGUAUGCAUCUAUUAAAUCCAAUUAAUAUUUAAAAUAAAUUAAUUCAAAUCCAAUUAAUAAAUGAUGAGUGUUUGGCC